UCACCACCAAGAUGGCCGACGCUAUGGAGGAAUAUGAGAAAGAAGCUGGCUGCGUCCCUAUUCUCCAUCCUGAGGAAAUCAAACCCCAGAGUCAUUACAACCACGGUUACAGUGAGAAUGUCAGCCGUAAAAACCAUGUGGACGACUACAGCACCUGGGACAUUGUCAAAGCCACACAGUACGGCAUCUUCGAGCGCUGCAGGGAGCUGGUGGAGGCGGGCUUCGACGUUCGGCAGCCAGACAAAGAAAAUGUAACCCUCCUCCAUUGGGCCGCCAUCAACAACAGGAUAGACUUGGUCAAGUACUACAUAUCAAAGGGAGCCAUAGUUGACCAGCUGGGAGGAGACCUUAACUCCACACCUCUGCACUGGGCCACCAGACAAGGGCAUCUAUCCAUGGUGGUGCAGCUCAUGAAAUACGGUGCAGACCCAUCUUUGAUCGACGGCGAGGGCUGCAGCUGCGUCCAUCUGGCCGCCCAGUUCGGCCACACCUCCAUUGUGGCCUACCUUAUUGCCAAAGGACAGGAUGUGGAUAUGAUGGAUCAGAACGGCAUGACUCCCCUGAUGUGGGCGGCUUACAGGACACACAGUGUGGAUCCCACCAGGUUGCUACUAACCUUCAACGUCUCUGUCAACCUCGGUGACAAAUAUCACAAGAACACAGCGCUGCACUGGGCGGUACUGGCCGGAAACACCACUGUCAUCAGCCUGCUGCUGGACGCCAACGCCAACGUUGAUGCACAGAACAUUAAGGGGGAAACACCGCUAGAUCUCGCCAAGCAGAGGAAGAACGUUUGGAUGAUCAAUCACCUACAGGAAGCGCGGCAGGCCAAAGGUUACGACAGCCCGUCCUACCUGAAGAGACUGAAGAUGGACAAGGAGUUCAGGCAGAAGGUGAUGCUGGGAACGCCCUUCGUGGUCAUCUGGCUAGUUGGCUUCAUCGCCGACCUGGAUAUAGACUCGUGGCUGAUCAAGGGCAUCAUGUACGCUGGCGUCUGGGUCGCCGUGCAGUUCCUUUCCAAGGCUUUCUUCGACCACUCCAUGCACAGCGCUCUCCCUCUGGGAAUCUACCUGGCCACCAAGUUCUGGAUGUACACCACCUGGUUCUACUGGUUCUGGAAUGAUCUGCCUUUCGCCACCGUCCACGUGCCCUUCCUGAUAAACACCCUGGCUCUGUUCUACAACUUUGGAAAGUCUUGGAAGUCUGACCCGGGAAUCAUAAAGGCAUCAGAGGAGCAGAAGAAAAAGACGAUCGUGGAGCUGGCAGAGACAGGCAGUCUGGAUCUGAGCAUAUUCUGCAGCACCUGCUUGAUACGGAAGCCCAUCAGGUCCAAACACUGCGCCGUUUGCAACCGCUGCAUCGCUAAGUUUGACCACCACUGUCCCUGGGUGGGGAACUGCGUCGGAAGUGGGAAUCACCGCUACUUCAUGGGUUACCUGUUCUUCCUGCUCUGCAUGAUCUGCUGGAUGAUGUACGGCUGCAUCUCCUACUGGAGGAUCCACUGUGCCACCAGUUACGCCAAGGAUGGUUUCUGGCUCUAUCUGACCCAGAUCGCCUCCUGCUCCCCCUGGAUGUUCUGGAUGUUCCUCAACAGCGUCUUCCACUUCAUGUGGGUGGCCGUGCUCAUCAUGUGUCAGCUCUACCAGAUCGCCGCCCUAGGAAUCACCACCAACGAGAGGAUGAACGCUCGGAGAUAUAAGCACUUUAAAGUCACAGCCACGUCCAUCGAAAGCCCUUUCAACCACGGCUGCAUCCGAAACCUCAUAGAUUUCUUCGAGAUCCGCUGCUGUGGUCUGAUCCGGCCCGUGACGGUGGACUGGACCACGCAGUACACAAUAGAAUACGACCAGACGUCUGGCUCGGGCUACCAGCUGGUGUAAGGGAGGAAGAGGAGGAGGACGACGAAGAGGAAAGGGGGAGGGGGGGGAGCAGGGGGGAGUCGAGUGUCGCUGGAUGGAAGAAAAGUUUGGAAGGAUUACCCUCCCCCCUCUUUCCUCCUCCCCCCGGCGUUCAUAUCGGAGUGAUGCUGUUCUUGGGAGCGCUUGCUUUUCUGGACCAUCUCUCCCUCACCGAUCAAAAGACUUUGGAAAAAAAAAAAAUCAGCCAGGACUAGCAUGCUGUUACAGGGCAACACCACAGCUACACCCCCCUCUCUCUGCCCUCACCACCACCUUUACUACUAUUACUACUACUACUACUACUAUUCUACAACAUCGAGACUUCAUUACUGUACUUUCACUGCUACCCAACCCCCUCCACCUCGUUUCUUCUCCCGAGCCCUUUGGACGGUGACGUUGCUGCCAGGCACGAACGGAGAAGAGAGAGGCCGAUGGACGUGAGGAAUUUCAAAAUAAAAGCUGUUCUGUUUGUACUGGAGACAUGAGGCUGCAGAGACAGCAGCUCCAUGACGUGGCAGUAUCCUUCUUUCCCCUUCCCACUUUAUAUCCUUAUUUAUGGUGUCCCUGUUGAUGUGCCCUGUAUGUAUUUUUUUUUUUUGUUUUUGAUUGGUUCAGGAACUCUGCUGUUCCUGUGCUAAUUAACUGUGGUGGCAGUGGAAGCUAAAGGAAACAUGUUGUUGUUGGUUUUUUUUUGUUUUGUUUUUUUUUUUUUUUUUUUAAUCAUGCAUUUGUUUCCAAGUAUGAUAGAGAUAAGGGAAUGUCUUUUUAAGGUCUUGAUUUUGCACCAAGAUGAAUUUUGCAUGGAGCUGAUGAGGAUUUGCCAACAAUGUUGAACUUAUCAGAGGAAAGUGUUGGGUUACAGGUUGAGCCGCUGGAGGAGUCCUACUUCUCACCUGCUGAAAUAAAGCUGCAUCCACUGACAAUGAAAUUUUGGGAGAUAAAGAAGUGUUUUUUUUUGUUUUGUUUUGGGUUUUUUUUUGCUAAGAAAUAAUCGGAAAUCAGUUGCUGUGCAGUAUUAAAGCAGGAGUAAGUGCGGGAAAUGGGACUUCUUCAGCUGCAAAUCACUGUAAACAUGACAGAAGAUAUCCUACAGACAAUGUGAUACAGGUAUAUUUAUUUUAAAACUAUUUAUAGAUAAAGUAACUAUGGUCUAGCGCCAUCGCUUUUACAUUUCACAUCAUUUUAGCUGAGUAGGUUUUUAUGAGGAAAAAAUUAUUAAAGACGUACCUGUAGCUGUUGAACAUGGAAGCCCGAGAACUUCACCAUAAACCUCUAUAGACAGGUACAGCAGGUGUAUUUAUUAACAGCAAGAGACGAGUAGAAGAGAACGAGAACGCCGCCGAAGGACAGACGAGUUUACACGAAAGGUUCAUUCCAUGUGUGUUUUUCUCAAGAAGCUGUAAAGUCUUAUAUGUUUUGUUUGUCUUUCGUCUGCCUACAACAUUGCACUGAUCCUUUUUCUUUUGUAGUUUUUUUUUUUUGUUUUUUUUUCCUUUGGCUGUUACUGAACAGAAGGGCCCAGCAGCGCCGCUUCGCACCGACGCUUCCAUUGUUUACAGUGAGGAAGAUGAGGGGCCCCCAUCAGACAUGGCCACCUUCCAGCACUUCCUGUCAUGGACCCGACCCCCCCCCCCCCCCCGUGCGCUCGGCUCCACAGAAGCAGCAGCAGGAUGGACAGAAGUGUAAAGAAUGUGCAUCUGUACAUAAACAAUAUCUUUCUCUGUAACUACUUUUCUUUUUGUCAGUGUUAGUUGAAGGUGCUCCUGAUUUUUUUUUUUUGUUUGUUGUUUAUGUUUUGUUUGUUUGUUUGUUUUUUUUGGGGGGGGGUUUCUUCCAACCACAUGGAAAGAAGAAAAUCACGUGACUAUACUCCAAGUGUAUGACUGUAACUUCUAGUGAUGUCUGACACUGCUGUCUAUAGGCAUUUUAACCCCUACAUACCCAAAACCCCCAGCUCUCCCCCUGCCAAGAACCUCCACUGCAUGUACGAUGCUUGGGACAGCUGGGCUCUUGCCGCCUCCCCCCUCCCUCCGCCAUGUCAAUCCAACCCCAUCGUCAUCACCAUGGUGACAGCCCGGCAAGCCACGUGUCUGUAUAUAGUGAAUGUUAAGUAUUUGCAAGUACUUUUCUGCAUUGCGUUCAUUUGUCUGUUUUUUUUUGUUUUGUUUUGUUUUGGGGGUUUUUUGUUUUGUUUUUUUGUUAGUUUCUUUCUCUCAAAUCCAGUGUGUUUAGUAGACGUUGUCUUUCAGGUCGCCAGAUCUCCAGUCGGGCCUUCCUGUGCAAGUGUGUAAUAUAUUUGAAUGUUCCAUGCUUGUGGACUGUAGUCAUCCUAAAGGGUUGUUUUUUUUCUGUUUUUUUUUUUUAUUUUUUUUAUUUCUGUCAUAUAUCGCUGGGUUUGUUAUACCACUGGAUGUACAAAUUGUAAAGCAAAGACACUAGAGAACUAAGGCGGACGCCAAAUUUUUUUUUUUGUUUGUUUUCUAAAAGCUGAAAUGUGAUCAUGCAAUAGUUUUAAGGAUAGAGGGAGGUUAUAUUAUAUUAAGGCCUCGGAAACUUUUGGGCCUCAUGUUUGCAUCAUCAGAAGGGGACAGUUAUGUCAUCAUUCCGCGUUUCACUCCCACCUCCAACCAUCUCGCUAACCACUGAUGUCACUGCCCAACAAAGACGACACACAGUCGCUGUGUUUUGUGAGCUACAAAAGUCAAACGUCACGACUCUGCUCUUAGAUUUCAUAUCAAAAACACGCCACCAGUGACGAGCCACUUGUGUUCUAAUAAGGCCUUUUGAGUGACAGGAGCUAAAUGUGGACUUGUGUUUUUUCUCCCAGCUCAUCCAGGACAAACAUUCAAAGCCAUUUCAGUCAUCACUAGUUCUUCCAGCAGCCUGCUCUGUCUCCCCUCUCACCUCACCACGUGGGAUAAUAAAAGAGAAAAAAAAAGAUAAAGCACAUAAUCAUCUUCAGUGCCUCUCUGCCCACCUUCAGACAUCACUGUAACUCAGCUUCAGAUGUAAACAUAUGGGCAUGGUUCAGUUUUAAUGGCUUUAAUAAUAAAAUACAGUCAAAUGUGAAAGAG